CGGCGACGGGAAUAUGAAUCGGUGUAACUACCCAUUCUCGGCGGUGUGAGUCAAGAAUUAAAAGAAGAAAAAACUACCAAUUUAAAUCCCUUUCUCGGGGCUCAGGCCAGGCCAUCAGCAAUCCCACUACUGGUUCGAAACGCCAUAGCUCUGCCAUUGCCAAUUCAAAGCUACCCCAGCUCUCCAUCGCCUGGUCGCCGCCAUGAGGUCUGAUCAGAUUCCAUCGUCCAAGCCGGAUGAAGCAGACCGGGAACUGCUCAGCCGCCCCGCCACUUCCCUCAUCACUGCCCGCAAGAAAGGGACAGGAGUACGGGCAUGGCUCCUGCUGGACUCUACCGGCCAGGCCCAGACUGUGGAGGUAGGGAAGCACGCCAUCAUGCGUCGCACUGGUUUACCCGCCCGCGAUCUUCGGAUUCUCGACCCGCUUCUGUCGUACCCGUCCACGGUUCUGGGCCGCGAGAGGGCGAUAGUCAUCAAUUUGGAACACAUCAAGGCGAUCAUAACUGCGCAAGAGGUUUUGUUGCUGAAUUCCAAGGACCCUUCUGUCACUCCCUUCGUUGAAGAGCUGCAAAAGAGGCUUACCUUCCAUUUUCACGCCACCAAAGCACAGUUAAAGGAGAGAAAUGGAGACGAUACAAAUUGGAAGACUGUGUAUGAUUCCCAAUUGCUGAAAUCAAGCACCGAGAGCCCUGAGGAAUUUCCUGAGCGUUCAUUACUUGGUCGUGAUCAUGAGGAGGGAAGGAAGACAGAUGGGAGGCAGAGCGUUGAGAACCGUGAUGGAUCGAAGGUUCUCCCAUUUGAAUUUGUAGCCUUGGAGGCAUGUUUGGAGGCUGCCUGCAGUUGCUUAGAGAUUGAGGCAAAAACAUUGGAGCAAGAGGCUCAUCCAGCAUUGGAUAAGCUGACUUCAAAAAUUAGUACUCUCAAUUUAGAACGUGUUCGGCAGAUCAAAAGUCGUUUGGUGGCAAUAACUGGCCGAGUCCAGAAGGUAAGGGAUGAGUUGGAACACUUGCUCGAUGACGAUGAGGAUAUGGCUGAAAUGUACUUGACUGAAAAAUUAGUUAACCUGGAAAACUCGACAGCUUCCUCUUUCAGUAAUGGAGAUGAAAUGGAAGAUGAUCCACCUGAAAUGGAUGACAGCCUUCCUGUUGAAGCAUCUAGGGAAGGUGGACAUGGUGCAUCCAGUAGCUAUGAUCCGGAUAUUCAAGCUGAUAUCCCUCAUGUUCAUCAUCCAUUCAGUGCGCUUAGCCGCACACUCACUAGUACCACUAGGAGUGCCAUGAGCAAGCACCUUGAUGUGGAGGAGCUAGAAAUGCUUCUGGAAGCGUACUUUGUCCAAGUUGACGGAACUCUAAACAAACUUUCUGCGGUAUGAAUUCAUCAUUGUUUUUGUUGCUUAUAACUCUAUAUCUGGAAGAGGAGAAUGAUUAUUUGUGGAGGGUGAAAAUGUUGUUCUACAACAGUAGUUUGUCACCCAACUUUCACCCCCCUUCACUUGCACCCUGCUCCCUUUCACCUCUUCUGCAACAGAGGAAUAGAUAAACACAUCAUCAUGAGAAUUGAGAAGAAAUUGUGAUUUUGACCGAUGAAUUUAUUUCUAACUCCCGUACGUUUGGGUUUUGCGUGAUUUGUGUUCAUGUGACAUGAAUGAAGCUGAGGGAGUACGUGGAUGACACAGAGGACUAUAUCAACAUUAUGCUGGAUGACAAGCAGAACCACCUUCUGCGAAUGGGGGUUAUGCUGACGACUGCAACACUAUUCAUCAGCUUCUUUAUCGUGCUUGCUGGUGUCUUUGGCAUGAACAUCGAGAUCGAGCUGUUUAAGGAAGAUGUGAAACAAGGUAUGCCAAAAUUUCUUUGGACAGUAGGUGGGGGCGCUAUGGGGACUGUAUUCCUCUUUGUUGGUGCUAUUGCCUGGUACAAGCACAAGCGACUACUAGAAUAGUAUAGCAACAAACAAUUUCUUCAUUUUCCCAAAAUUUGUAGCUCAUUAUUAUGGAAAGAAUGAAGCAAGCGCGAAACUCAAAUAUCAAAUCCUUAUCUGGUCGAAUAGAUGGAGAACAGGGUACAUUGCCCCGUACGGGUAAGUUAGGAUGCAAGUUUGUGGUUCUGCACUUGUUAAUAAA